AUAAUUCUGAUGCUUCAGAAAUUCCAAACCAAUUCGACUAUCAAGAUGAAAAUAGUGACCUAGAAAAUAAUGAAGACAACUGUGUUUUAUAUGAGUUGACUGAGUUAGAGGAAUUGGUUGCCAUGC